ACUAUACGCAUGGGUUGCCGAUGCAGAGCUCAGCACAAUCGCUUGGCAACGUAGCCUGGAAUGCUUUCAUCGCGGCUACCUGCACCAACGACACGAUCCGCGGUCAGAUUCUUGAUGCGGUCUGGAACUAUGCGUCGUUCAACGGGACAUCGGCCCCGUUCGGCGCGGUGUACAAUGUCGAAUCUGGUGCCUACGUGGAUGGAACGUCGAGCCCCGCGUUAGGAGGCCUCUUCGCCCCGUUCUUGCGCAGCAAUACUAUCUUUGGCUCCCCAUCUCCCACUCAGUCUGGAAGCUCCACGAAUCGCGGUAGCAAGGUCGACGUCGGCGCCAUAGCGGGCGGCGUCGUCGGGGGCGUCGUCGGCUUACUUGUACUCGUCGGGCUUGUACUAUUGCUAUGCCGACGCCGUCGGAACCAGAAGAAUGUCGCCCUCCUCGACACUACCGGCACGAGGACAGAGCCAACGCCCUUCGAGUCUGCGCCUGCUUUUGCAGCCCAGGCUCCGGGUGUCAUACUCACGGAGAAGCGGCGCCGGGAACUCGAGUCGCCGAGGGAAGAGGAGCCUCUGUUGCCUUUAACCGGCUCAUUUUCCGCCAUGGGCGACGAGCCUCCGUCUGGGAGCGCGACGGUCCCUUCGACGACGACGAAUGGUGUGGGGUCGCGUGAGAACGAUUUGCUGGGGCUGCGCUCGGUGAUAGAGGAUCUGCGCAGGAUGAUGCUGGACGUGCACCUCGAGAGACCGGAACCUUCUGACUUGGGUGCACCGCCCGAUUACUCGUGACGGGUCUAAGUAGAGGUGUCUCCUUAAUUGUGCCUUCACCAAUGGAAUCUGGGCCAGUUUCACACCUCUGUUCGCUCAGUACUGUAUCGCCGUUCAAUGUCACUCUCUUUGUGUCAUCGAUCUAUGAAUUGUC